AAGGAAAGUUGAAGACAUUAUAGAAAACAAUACAGUCACAAUGGGCUCCAGUACCGCUUUACACAAUUUCUUGAAAAAGCGAAUACCUUUGUUAGAUAGUUUGGACAGUGACAAAUUUAAUAAAGAAAAUGAGUUUUCAAAAGAUGACAUUGAUUCAGGAAGACAAACAUUGUCAAGUAACAACAGCAGCCUGAAGUGUAGUAAGUUUGAGCAUCUCAAAACAGAGAUUCGGAAAAUAAUUGCUGAACAUCCUGAAGGGGUUUUGUGCACGGACCUCAUAAGACUGUAUAGAGAGCGGUAUAAGAAGGAGUUGGAGUUCAGCCGGUGGGGCUACACAUGCAUCGUGAGC